AUGUGGCCUGAUUUUCAGAAGUACGGGAAUGAGAUGCAGGCACAACUUGAAGACAUUCAGGAGUCCUUUCGAGUGAACUGGCAGGAAGCCUUUGGCAGUAACAGUGGCUGUCCUCUGGAGAUGCUGAAGCUCAGCUUUAUUUUGAACUUUCUUACAUAUCCCAACUUGUGCAGAAAGGACCUAACAUUGAUUGGGAUUCAUAUGAGUGGUGAUGGAACUGAGCUGACAGCCAAGCCAAAGAGAAGCUUCUACGCUGCAAGAGAUUUGUACAAGUACCGACACCAGUAUCCGCAGAACUUUAAAGAUCUUCGAUAUCAAAAUGACUUGUGCAAUCUCCGCUUUUACAAAAAUAAAAUCCCUUUUAAACCUGAUGGGGUUUAUAUUGAAGAAGUCCUAAAUAAAUGGAAAGGAGACUAUGAAAAACUGGAACAUAACCACACUUACAUACAGUGGCUUUUCCCACUGAGGGAACAAGGUCUGAACUUCUAUGCUAAAGAAUUAACUACAUAUGAAAUUGAGGAAUUCAAGAAAACAAAAGAAGCAAUUAGAAGAUUCCUUUUGGCUUACAAAAUGAUGUUGGAGUUUUUUGGAAUAAAACUAAUUGAUAAAACUGGAAACGUAGCACGAGCUGCUAACUGGCAAGAAAGAUUUCAACAUUUGAAUGAGUCUCAACACAACUACUUGAGAAUCACUCGAAUUCUGAAAAGUCUUGGCGAGCUUGGAUAUGAGAGUUUCAAAUCUCCCCUGGUAAAAUUUAUUCUCCAUGAAGCUCUUGUGGAAGAUACCAUUCCCAACAUUAAGCAAAGUGCUCUAGAAUAUUUUGUGUAUACUAUUAGAGACCGAAGAGAAAGGAGGAAACUCCUGAGAUUUGCCCAGCAACAUUAUACCCCCUCAGAGCAUUUUAUCUGGGGACCCCCAAGAAAACAGAAGUCGGAGGGAAGCAAAACUAAUAAAAAGCCAGCAUCUCCACUUUCUGUUCACAAUAGUUAUAUUUCUAAGCAUAAGAAACCAAAAGAGCCUAAGAAUACCUUGGCAAGUGGAAGCUCAGCUGGUAAAACAACUGAAGAAAGAAAGGUUGAACUCACAAAAAACGGGGAAGAAAAUGACCGGGAUGAACAAGAAAUGAACGGUGAGGCUGUUAGGCAGAGCAACAGUGAAAAGAACAGUGAUACUGAUACCGGUCAGCUUUCAAAAUCAGAAGAAAUUCAUGACACUUCAGACGGAAAGGAGGACGCUUCUCAUUCCAAAAAAGAUGAUGAAAAUCUGAACAAUGACUGUGGAAAUCACCCAGGCACUACAGAGAAAGAUUUAUGUGACACUGAGAAUUCUUCAAAUAACACAUCAGCAGAUCUGCCAGACAACCUUGAUAAGGAUAUGCUUUCAGGGGGGGCCACCACAAAGAACAAGGAUGAGCUCAAAUCAUGAGUCUGAGGCUAAAAGUCAUUAUGUUUCAUAUUGAAUGAAGCAAAUUAUUCAUUGCUCCUUCAUUUUGGGUGAAAUUUCCGUCUAAUGUAGUAUAAAAUGUUCAUGAGGCUAUGCUUGUUGCGAAUGCAUCAGAUUAGGUUUCUGUUAGGUUAAUGAAUUUUCUUUUUUUCAAUCUCAGUUUAUCAGCAGUCAACCAGGUGUGGCUCUUUAAAACAAUUGUGUAUAUUCAAAGCUAAGAAAUUCGUUAUCUUUUCCAGACAGAUUGCAUAGAAAAGCUUAUCUAUUUUUUUGCCAUUAAAUUCAUCCAGUAUUUAAAAAAAAAACAACAACGCAUAACUUAUUAGAAAGCCUUGGAAUAUCAGAAUUUUUAAGUUUCUUUUACUGUGCUUUAAGUGUUGAUUUCCUUUUAUGAAAUGACUAGAAAUUAUUUCAAGAACACAGUUUUUUCCCUAGCAUUUAUUUUUUUAGUAAGUGUGUUCAUGUUUAAUGGCAGUAUUUGCACAGCAUCUUUUACCUUAGAUUAAAAUCCUUGUGGGACACAGUAAGAGAUAUAAAAAUGUCCUAUGCAGCUGGGUAUCGUUGUACACUGAAUAAAAGUUUAACUUGCAAUGAAACUGUAUCCACAGCUUUUGGGUACAAGGGAAGUUGCCCUUUAGAUUUCUUCUAGUCCCUGUUAAGUUCUCUCUUCUCUUUACUCAUUUGUUACUACUACUAAUUUGGGGGGAGGGAUCCCUUUGAUCACUCAGAUUUGGUCGCAGUGUGAAAGCUCUCUGAUGAUCAGCUCUAACAAAACAACUCCCCCAGCUGGGAUCAGCACCUGGAAAACCUCUGGACAGCUGACAAGCAGUGUCUUCGCCACAGAGCACUGCUUGAUCAUCAAAGCCAUCAGAGAAAAUGUCACCAGGCCUGUCCAGCUGGAUCUUACCUAAACUCGGAUGUUUCUUGGCCAGUUUUGGGUAAGGUCUGCACAAUGCCAAAUCCCCUGUUGCUGGUCUGGGAGAGGAAGGCAGUCCUGAUGCUCCCUUCCAGCUGUAUGUUUCUUCUCUUUGCUCUCUAUCAGGGGUCUUUCACAGUUUAAUAUUAUUUUGCUUGUUGGCUGAAACCUGAGGCAGGCCAGUUUGCUGGCCCGGCGGCAGCCCAGCAGGCAGGAAUUUCCCAGUUAAGAUCUUCCCCAAAUUUCUUCAUGGAAGGACUGUGUGCUUUCCCUGAGCAGCCUCUUCUGACUUCGUGCCGUUCAGUCAAAGAAGGUAGUACCCAGCAAGUUAAUUCUGUGGAAUAUGAAUUAAAGAUAACGCAGGUAAAACUCACACCUUUUACGGUUCUAAAAUAGUCUAAAACUUCUGUAUGUAUUUUCUAUUUAAAAGUGUAUAUAUUAUCUGCUGCCUUUAAUAUAUUUUUGAUGAAAUGUUGUGAGGUGAGUGGCUGACUGCAGUUGGAGUGUCAGAGUGCUACAGGACUUUAUUCAAGUCUUAGAACUCAAAAUGGCAGUCUUUGGGGGUUUCAGAACAUAGACAAAAUGUCAUGUAUUUUCCUGUUUCGCUAAUUCCCAUCGUGGCAGUGCCUCAUCCAUUGCCUUCCCCAGGUAGCACUGUUUCUUGGGAUCAGAUGGAGUGGCAGUUAGAGAUCUUGGUACCCACGGACGAAGAUUAGGCUCUUUCCAUCCUAAAGAGGCAGGGAAGAAGGAAGACAGAUCCCUCCUUCUCCUGUGCUGACUUGUAAGGAAAGGAAUGUGAGCACGUGGAUUUUUAAGCGUAACUCAGGUUACUCAAGCAGGCAUUAAGUCUCUCAGAGCAGAAAUGCCCCAGAGAAUUCUUCCCAUAGCCACCGCCUCUUUAAAGCUGGAAAGGUGCUGAGAAACCUUUCACGAUUCCCUGGGCUUGACCUAGGAUCCCCUUAUUCAUGUUUUCUUCUGACCUUCAGGGCAGAAAGGGUCAGGAAAUGCAGAGAUAAAAUCGGUCUGUGUAGUUGAGGACUCUGACCCCACUCAUAACGUGCAGGGAGGAUGACUUUGUGUUCUGCCUACGACUUUUUAAAUCUUGAGUGCCUAACCGUGCCAGCUUAACAGCGUUGGUUUUACAUAGUUAUUUCUUGAAUGGCCUAGGGAAAAUUUAUACCCUAUGUUUGAGGACCAUAACUAUAAGGUAGGUAGUUAUAGAGAGCCUUCAAUUUAUGGACUUCAAUAUUAAGGUUAAACACUGGAAAAAAAAAAAAAGCAUAGUGUUCAAGUGAAAUAAGGAAUGCUGGGAGUGUUAUUACAAUUAUAGUGUAAUUUGAUUGAACAUCAAUGACCUCAGGAGAUUUUUCGUCUACUGAACAAAAAAAAAACCAACAAAAAAAGGGAAAUCUUGCUCUAAUUUUAAACCAGAAAGCUCUCUGGAUGGGCAUCCAAAAGAUUUCUCUGCAGUAUGGUGUUCUGUUACUGCGACACAGCUUUCACCUAUACAUGAUUGCUGGUUCUCCACUCGUAAUUAAGUACUUAAUGAACUUCUAAUCUGGCAGGGCUGUCUGCAUUAAGGGCCCAGUGUAUCUGAAAAUACAGUCAAGAACUUUGGGACUCGUAUCCUUAUUAACUCUGCAAUUAGUAUUUUUUUUUUAAAAAAUCCACAACUCAGUAUGCUUCUAUCAGUUUUCGUAGAAGUGUGAAGAGUAGUGGCAUAAUGAUUGCCUGCAAAGAACUAUGGGGAUUAGGUAAGUGAGGUUUUUUGUGUCAGGUGGGCUCCUGCACUCUUUGUCUUCUACCUUUAUCGACAGGAUUACUCCCAUGGGAUACUUCGGCUUUAACUAACAAAUUCUGCUCUAUGUAAAAUGUGAUGGUUUAUCAUUCUUUUCAUGGAGGAGUUGUUUCUUCUUAUUUUGCGAGUGAUUAAAAGAAGGAUUCGUUGCAGGGCAAUGGCGUAGCGUCCCAUUGAGAUUUGUGAGGAUCAAGUGGGUGCACUGUACGCAUUUCGUUACAGAAUCAUGGCCUUAGCAACCAGAAGCACCCUGUGCUUGAACUUUCUAAGAAUUGGCUCUCAGGUUUACAGUACAAUAUAUGUUGAAAUGAUUGUAUUCUCCUAAAUGCCAGUACUUAGUUACUUAACCAUUACUUCAGAAACUGAGGUUGUGCAAAGAAAGUCAGGACGUCUGCUCACUGUUAGGCUUGGUUUUGGCUUGCUAUAUGCUUAAGCGCUCAGGGAUUUCUGUGUGCUUACGACAAUAAUGUGUUUUGGCCCAGCGUUUUACUAGAAUCUGAGCUAUUCAUUUAUUACCCCUGCUACACAGGGGUUCCUUCCUAAUAAGUACAUCUGAAUAGCCUCUGGUACUGUUAAGUGGGAGGAGUGUGUAUAUGCACACAUCUGUAAGUUUGAUUUUAGGUAUCUUAUGGUAAGGACAUAUGAAUGCGCAACUUGACAAAACAUUGCCGAGUAAACGCGUGCAAGUGGAGGCGAUUGUACAAAUUGUGCAAAAAUGCAGCACUUCUCAGAUUCAUUACAGCUCUGUGCCCUACUGUCCAGGGCGUAACUGUGCCUCGGUACAUGGUGCAGUGUUGGCGUAGGGACUGAAAGCUUGGGUACAUGAGGUGUGCACCACAGACCAUUUGGAUCAGAAGAGCAGUUACAUGUGUGCACACAUCUAGGAGCAGAACCGAGCUCUUGCUGGCCAUAUUGCUCAUAUUUAAAGGCGUGAUCCUGAAGGAUGCUAAAAAUAUCUGCAAUAAGCCUUUGAGAGCCGUUCCCUGCCUUGGCCAGCUCCUCAGUUUCCUGCUCGUAAGAUUGUAGCAGUCUGAUGUAUUAGGUAUUUGUAUCAUCAUAGUUAAUAUUUUAUGUAACCUCGUGUAUGCCUUCUUGAAUUAUUCCGGGGCAAUUCUAAUAAUCUGCACUUGCAUAUACCUGUACUAUAACCAGAAAGUUUAUGGGCCUCAGAAGCUCUGUAUAAUCUUGAUGGAUGAUCCAAUAAGGUAAGUCAAGGGAGAAUUACUAGAUUUAAAUGGAAAACAGCUCUUGGUUGUUUGUAAAUAAAAUUUAUGUAAUAUCUGUUAAAUUGAAUUUUUUUUGCACCUUUAUUUUCCUGGCAGUUCUGAUGGUACUGAUCACAAAUUAUAGUAAGAUAUAUAUGCAUAAGUGAAAAUGUAACUCUCAUUACGCCAUACUUUUACAGUUAACAUAUCAUAGUGAAUAUCCUUGACAACAGCUGUAUUUAUGAGUAAGAUGUAAGUAUGUGAAGUAAGUUUUGCCACGAAUAAAAGUGUGACCGUAUCAUGCUAAUGAUGAUGUACAUUGUCCUAAGAACUACCAGUGUGGAUCAGAACCAAAGGCGUUUCCCACCUUGUAUCCUGCCUCCAGCAGUGGCCACCAACAGAUGGUGUCAAAGAAAGAACAGAUAAGGUGACCCCAUUUUUUCUCCAGGAAUUUCUCCAUUUUUGAGCUCAUGGAUUCUUUCAGUCUCCACCAUCCCUUGUGGCUGUGAGUUCCAUGUUUUAAUUGUUUUGUGUGCAAAAAGUAACCGAUUGUUUGUCUCAGAUCUGUUCAUUCAGAAGUUGCGAGUGCGUUUGAACAUGGUUAC